UGAAUGUGACCACAGAUGGCAUUACAGACACUCAACACCACAAACACGUGAGACUUGACUACACAUUGACCACACGUUUAGACAUUUAAAUCACUUCAUCAGACAAUUGCUUCAUUUGUUUGCCUUCAAUGGAUCCACAAUUGAAAGAAGUGACGGCACGACCGCUCAAGAGAGGCGCUCAACAAAUGGAUGUAGACUUAACUGAGACAACAGCUGAGGCCUCACCGGUGAUGGAUAUGAUGGAUGUGACCAAACCAUUGCCCGACUUUAAGCCCAUAUCUGAAGACAAACUACAGACAAAUAGCAAUGAGUUUCGCAAAAUCGCUGUUCCGUCCCAUCGAUACACACCUCUGAAGGAGAAUUGGAUG